AUGCCGCCCCCUCCUGUACGGGCCAUGCCUCGGUUCACCCCGCCGCCGCCGCCGCCUCCACCAAUGCCUCACACAUACGUGCCACGGCAGCCGAGCCCCGUGAACUACAUGCCCAUGCCCAUGGCAAGUGGUGCCAAUGACGGCUUCUUCGACUUGAAUGCGUCGCAGGAACCAAUGCCUUCGGGGCCGACCCCGGCAUUCUUCGAUCUCGGAUCACCGCCGCCUCCCAAUGCACCAGCAGCAGCACCCGCCUUCUUCAAUGUGGGCAACGGCGGAGGUGGGGAUCGAAAGUAUGAAGACUGGAGCGACUGA